AUGAAUAAAGAUUACGUGUCUAGAAUGAAUUCGAAGGCCACCGGAGUUUAUUCGCCGGCGAGAAGUAGUGGUGCAGAGAUGUCAUCGGCACCGGCUGCAGGGUGGGAGGUUCGGCCGGGCGGGAUGUUGGUUCAGCAAAGAAGUUCGGACUCCAAUCCUAACUCCAAACCUGUCCCAAACAUCAAAGUCAAAGUGAAAUAUGGUUCAUUUUACCAUGAAGUCAUCAUCAGUUCUCAAGCCAGCUUUGGGGAGCUGAAGAAAAUGCUGGUGGGAAUAACAGGGCUGCCCACAGGGGAUCAGAAGCUGAUUUUCAAGGAUAAAGAGAGAGGUUCAAAAGCUUUUCUUGACAUUUGUGGGGUAAAGGAUGGGUCGAAGAUGGUCUUGAUCGAGGAUGAUCUGAGUCGAGAGAGAAGGUGCAUCGAGUCGCGCAAGAACGCGAAAAUGGAGAAGGCGGCUAAAGAGAUUGCCGCUAUUAGGUUCGAAGUCGACAAACUUGCCAAGCAGGUGGGAUCAAUUGAAUUGGACAUAAAUGGAGGCAAGAAAGUUGUGGAGACAGUUUUAUUGAACCUGAUUGAAUUGUUGAUGACACAGCUGAUAAAGUUAGAUGGGAUUGCUGCUGAGGGAGAUGUCAAAUUGCAGAGAAGGACUCAGGAUGUGGAUAUCAAGGUGGCGUUCCAUUCCCCAUUUGUACAUAAUCUUGGUUUCAAAUUGAACGUUCAUCAUGGCAUAGAGGAGCAAAUAUCACUUUAA